UAAACUUAAGCACAGUGAGGCUACCGUACUUCUGCUGGCAGGAUAUAUAACACUCUAGUUCUGUUAAACACAUUUACUUCAACUUAGUGAAUAAAUUCUGGAACUAAAAAAUACGAAGAAAAAGCUGUUCAUACGUUAUAAAUUAGAUUUAGUAAAACGUUCAAUACACAGAGUGAAACUAUAUCGUGUUAACGUGAUAUUGGGAAAAUCUUAAAGUCUACACGAAUGAAGUUUAUAUAGGAAGUUUAAAGAAUUUUAAACGUUUUUCUGUAUUUAAUACUUUAGUUUUCUUUUAGUACGUGUGUAUACUAUCCUAUCAGUUAACAAUGGCAGCUCCAUCUAUCACUCAGAAAGACACGACGUUCACUAAAAUAUUUGUAGGAGGACUUCCAUACCACACCACAGACAAAUCAUUACGAGAAUUCUUUGACAAAUUUGGAGACAUAGAAGAAGCAGUUGUGAUAACGGACAGACAGACAGGAAAGAGUCGAGGAUAUGGAUUUGUUACAAUGGCAAACAGAGAGGCAGCAGAAAGGGCGUGUAAAGACCCCAAUCCAAUUAUAGAUGGAAGAAAAGCUAAUGUAAAUUUAGCCUAUUUAGGGGCUAAACCUAGAGGUAUAUUAACAGCUCUACCACUUGCUAUUAAAACAGGAAUUCCCGGCGUACUUCCAGGACAGUUUGGCAUUCCACAAUAUGUGUAUCCAUCCCCGUAUAUGACCACAGCGACGGCUCCGAGUGUGUUAACCACAGCUGCCCUUCAGCAGUCGCCGCUCUCACCUACCCCUGGGCAAUAUCUCGACUACACCGCCGCCUACGGAUCACAGCUGGCAACUGCCGCCGGACUUGAAGCCGCAACAUAUCCAUACGUAAACGUGUCCACUACCGGACUCGUAGCCGCAACGAAUCCAUACACAUAUGCCGUUCCACAGCAGAUCGCUGCUGCUUCAGGUGCGGCAUUUUACCAGCCCCCACAACUUCAAGAGAGAAUGCAAUGACACCUAUCAGGUGUUAGCGAUUUAGAUAUAGUGCAGUCACUUUUGUAUAAAGACAAUUCAACGUUAAACUGAAAGUACAUAUUUGAGAAUCUAAAUAAAGUGGGUGGGGUAAAAUCUGAAAUUAUUACUGUGGAAUUCAGGCACAAAAAAUGUGAUAAAAAUGAGAUGCAAAUACGCCCCCUAUGCAAUUUGCUUGUUAAAAGAAUGUUAAAGGUGAUUUAAGCACAGUUUUUUACAGAUUUUAUUGUACGAAUCUUAAAGAAAAUGUUGUAAAAUUUUUGAUAAGUUAUUUAUAAUGACUGUAAAUGAAGGAUGGGAUGUAUAUAUGUUGCUCAUCGUGUGAUUGGAUAAUGUAUGACUGUAAAAUAAUAUUUUAAACAUUUGCGAGGGGGGAUGCGUCUCAUUUUACUUCUACAUGUACAUUUCACUUUUUGUUUUAUAUAUGUUAUAUACAGAGACGAAAACUGUAUAAUGGCGCAUUUUAAAUGAUCAUCAUUUUCUUAUCUCGUCAUCAACUAUAUGAUCCGUCCAAGAAUUUACAUAUUAUUACCUUGCCCAGUCAUUUUAGAACAUUUUGUCAUUCUAUGGAUUAUUUCAUCCUAUGCUACGAUUUGUCUCAGAACCACUGCACGUGGCGUUUGAAUUCGUCAGCACCACUGUACAUGCGCUGUAUGUCAAUGAGUAGCAUUGUGCUGUGGCAGCAAAAAGAUAAACGGUUUUGCAUACGCCUGCUGGACCUGUUGGUUUCUUGUUACCAUGGUUACGAUGAUUGAAUGAAAAAUAAAGUAGUUGCUAUGCCACGACGAUAUAAUAGGAUAUGAUCAUAAUGUUAAAUGUGCUCUGUGUGGAUGAAUAGGGGUUAUUCUCAAAGAAGGAGAUAUUUAUAAAAAAAAUUGUUUUGUAAAUAAUGUUAUAUAAAUAUGUAAUUUAUAUGUAAGUUAUUGCGUUGAUAAUUACUUCAUGUAUUUAUAUUAUUUAAUUCCCAACGAAAUCAUGACUUUAGUUAUCAUUUUGUUACGUUUGUUCGAAGUGCUACAUAGCCGACACGUAGAGUUAACCUUCUAUAGCUGAUUUAACACAAAUACUUCUUUAACGAAAAUUACUAAAAGUUAAAAAACUUAAACCGUUUCAAUCAGUAUUCACCUUUCACUGGUCUAUUUCAAAGGUCAUAUGGUGACCUUGAAUCUAAAAAUAGGUCAGUAAAGGGCAUCGCCGGAUAGUAUUAUUUAGGCAUCUCACACCUUGUAUUUUGUAUAGCUUUAGAUUUAUUUAUACAUUUGUUUAGUUUUACUGCACCGUCAUCGUAUAAUUGUCAUUAUUUAAGCAUUAGUAUUGUAGGCUAAAGACAGCCAAAUAUUCAUACCGACAGGAAACUUGAAAAGAAAAGCCACCUUUUAAAUGGAAAUAGAAUAUGAUUUUACUGAAACGAAACAUAAGAACGCAAAAUGGUUCAGCAGUACUGUAAAUAUCAAUGUAUACAAUUACAGUAUAAAAUGAUCUGAAGACCGUUUAAAUCCGUUCUACUUCUUUUAUCGUAAGCAUGUAAAAGGUUGUUUUCGAAAUUAGUAAAAAGAAAUGAAAAAUGUUAAUUUGUCUUUAGCCUGUACACAAAGAAUCUCAUGUAUUCGUAGUUGCUUUAGAGACACGUAGGUGUAAGGGUAUGAUAAUACAUUACUUCAAACAAGUUAGAGUUCACUUCAUACAUCAGUGGGUUUGUUUAACUCGUAAAACGAGUCCUUCAUUUCGAAUUCUUAGAUAUAUCACGUGAUCAGCGAAGUAGUAUUGCUAGAACAGAUAUAUGGUCAUUCUCAUUCUUUUAUUUCAUCCACCAUUUUGUACCUUAAAAGGAUUCAUUUUUUAUCAAAGAAUGAAGAUAUUUUUCUCUAUUAUUAGCAGUAUAAGGCGCUUAAGAACAAUUUCUACAUUUGAGUUAAUGCAAUUUUCUACAUUUAAGUUUAUGCAAACACUGUUUAGCGUAAAGUUCGCCUGUAUGUUAUAUUUUGCUAUUUUUGCUAUUUUUGUACAUGAGACAUAUAUCCUUCACACUGUGAAAGCUUAAAUAAUUCAGAAUUCACAUGGAAAUACCCUUUUACACUUAGUUAAUCUUUCUUCAAUGAUAAAGACAUUUUUCAAUAGUGAUCAAUAUAUUUAGACAUAAUAACAAUAAAAUUCAAAGCUUCCGAAAGAAGCGUGCAUAUUCUGUCAGAUUUUAUACAAAUUCACCCCUAUACAGGUGUGUCACUCAUUUUAAGAAUCAAUUUGGCUUCGUGAAAAGUAAACGUGAGACAACUUUCAUAAAGUGGGGUUUUAUUUGCAAGCGAUUUUACAAAGUUUACAUUUACUUUAGCAAAAUUUCAUAACACUUCCGGUGGUUUAAACUGUCUAAAAGCAAUUUAUUGCUAUUUUUAAAUAUCAUUUUGAGCAUUUCCAGUUGUGCUUGUUAAACAAAAAAGCAAUUUCAAUUGAGAUGAUAUAACAAUAAACAGGCUGUGCGUCAAGGAAACGGAAUUGUUGGACUCUGACUUUGACCGAUGAAAGAUCGAUAAUUGGCCAAAAUGGACGAAAAUUUCCAAUUGAUUCAAACUGCGUUGCUGCAGACAAUCCCUUUGUUUGCAUAAAAUCAAAACUGUUUGCAUAGAAUCUGAGAACAGGUUUGCAUAAAAUCUGAACUUUAUACGAUCAUAUGCCAUCAACUUUUGCUAUUUUAGCCUAAAUCUGGCUUAUUGUCUAGACAGUGACAACAUGCAAGCAUAAAAUUUUAUUAUCGAAUUAUUUCGCUUAGAUCAAAGAGAAACGCCUUGUUUAAAUAGAAAGUUUUAGUAUCUAAAACAGCUUGAUUUUUCCGCAUUAACACUACCGUUUAUCUCAAAAGCAUAAAUGUGUUCAAAAAGUCUUCGGGAAGGAUUAACUUUAAAUCGGAAAAAUAUAUUUUAGAUACAUUCUCAUAGAAGUUUAACUGUCAUUGAAAAUACGUGAUCGAAUACUGUACCCAUUUAAUGGUGAUUUGGAAUCGUUUAGAUUCAUGGUUUUGUUGGAACAUUUAAAUUGCUCAACUUGUGUCGUAUACAUUGUUGAAAGGCAUUGUAUGUGUGUCUUUUUAUAAAACGAUUUAAGCAAGGUACUGUAUACCGUAUUUAUUUAAAAAAAGAACAAAUGGUAAGCGCCUAUAUUUUUUUUAUAUAAGAGUGGCACAAGAUUGCCCAUUUUAGAUACUGUUGGCAAACGAAAUUAUGGAUACAUUAGAGUAACUAUGUUGUUAGCAUGUAAAUAAAAUAUCAUUAUCUCAUUGUGUAGUUUACGUUAUAUGUAUUAUGUAGUUUAUAUGUACGUUACGUAAAUGUUAAUUAAUGUUAAUAUGACAAAAAACUCAGAUGUAUAUAUUUAAGUAUUAGUAAUAUUAUCAUUUUUAUUAUAUAUUGUUCCAUGAAAAUCAAAAUGCCAUGCUCAUUGAAAAAGUUCUACAUAAAUAAUUUAAGGACUCUGGGCUCGUAUUCAUCAACAAGUCUAAAAAAUAAACUUUGUCAAAUGCUAAUUUUCUUUUUUCUCCUUUAUUUUUAAAAUUUAUCGAUUUUAAAAGAAACUUGGCAUGGAUGUCACUUCAAAAGUGACAUUUAGCUUAUCAAAGUGACAUGCAGCUUAUGUAAGUGACAUACAGCUAAGAUAAGUCGCAGCAGUUUAAAUUUAGAUUGCUGCUAUCGCGAUAGAAUGGUUUCAUUGUGAAAUAUGAAGUCAAAACUUUGAUGAAUACAGGCCCUGGUCUGUAAAACAUGUACCUCUUUAGAUCUUACUCGAAUCCACUUUUUUUAAAUGAAAUCAGACUAGUCAAAUUAAGGAUGUUAGAGAAAAGUAUAUGUACGGUGAUCAUUUGUUAAGCUAUUUAUUAUUUUCAUAUGAAAUAGUAUUUCUGUAAAGGAGAAAUGGAAAUAAUUUGUGUAUUCGAGCAAACAAUCAUUCAUCCAUACUUAGAAGAAAAAACUCGGAAAAUAUUCCAUCAUGUAUUGACGACAUCUUUCGAAAUUGAUAUGUCUUAGUUAUAUAACUUCAUAACACCAUUUAGUGAAAGAUACAAAAACAUAGAUAUUUAUCUUACGACUAUGAGUGUCGUUUGUGUUCGUCACAUUCCGUGUUUUUUCGUUCCAUUCUUUUUUCUUAUCUCACUACUGGAAUUACAGUCGGGAUUUUCCGAUGGACAUUGUUUCAAUACGGAUUAUGUCGAGUGUUAUCCCAGUCUAGAUUUUGACUGGUAGAAUUUCUUUUUCUCUACGACUGUUAUAAAACCCUUAAAUCAUGCAUCAAGUCUGUUCAACGGAACAUGCCGAACAUAUACGAUAAUAGAUUACGUCAUCUGUAAUUCACGAGAUUCUCUGGAAUCAUAUAUUAUGCAUAAUCAGCAGUUAAACGACAUAUUGUUUACCUAUGUUAAAUCAUGAAGAAGAAUAAAUCUAAAUCUAAAGUA